UCCCGACCACACAUAUGUAAUUGUGGUACUGGAGCAAAAAGUGAAGUGGAGCUAUGUUUUAAACCCACCAUGAAUCGAACCACGAACUAACUUCAGUGAGACACAAGCCAAAAUUCUGACCGAAGCCUAUAUAUAAAGCAGUUGAAAACUCUAACUUUCAUAACAAAAGUCGUUCUGAUUAUGUACGCCUAACACGUGUUGUGACAACUUCGAGACUGACAAUGUCGUUUGAUGACAUAUUUAAAGUUUUGGGUGAAUUUGGGACGUACCAGAAAAGAGUGUAUCUUAUGCAAUGUGUGCCUCAAAUCUUCAGCGCCAUUCAAACAUGUCUGUCUAUUUUCAUUCUGUUCACUCCGGAACACAGAUGCAGCAUUCCGUUUUAUGAGAACGACACGUUCCAUGUUCAAAACAUCCAACACCAUAGCUUGCUCAAUAUAUCCAUACCAUACGAAGAAGUACAGGACCAAUAUGGACAUACAGUCGCUCAAUAUUCCAAAUGUGCCAUCAACAGAAUCGUCCCAUCAAAUGCGAGUUCAGGGGGAAACACAUCUAUCGUCACGUACAAGUGUCAUUCCUUCGUAUUUGACACAACAAUAUUCCAGAGUACCUUCACAACCGAGGACAACCUUGUCUGUCAACGAAAGAAAUAUAUUGUUCACGCCACGAUGGCUUUUAUGGCUGGGUUCACAGUUGGCUCGCUGUUACUUGGGAUAAUGGCAGAUGUACUUGGACGUAAGAGGUCUAUGAUCCUAAGUGUAGUUUUGUAUAUCUUUCCAAACAUCAGUGGCAGUUUCGUCACAAGCUUCGAGCUGUUUGUCACUUGUCGGUUCCUGUCGGGUGCCUCCGUUGGUGGUCUUCUCGGGACUGGAUUUGUUAUGGGAUUGGAGUUUGUAGGCCCUAGCAAGCGAAUGUGGGCUGGAAUUGUGAUUGAGCUGUUCUGGGCCAGCGGGACCAUGUUGCUUGCCUUGCUCGCCUACCUUAUUCGCGAUUGGAAAUAUCUCAAUCUUGUCGUUUCUAUUCCGCCAGUCUUGUUUUUAUCAUAUAUAUGGAUCAUGCCAGAAUCUGUCAGAUGGCUAAUAAUAAAAGACCGAAAGGAAGAGGCAAUGGAUAUACUUCAGCAUGCAGCUCGUGUUAACGGGGUACAUCUACCCAGUACUAUACUUGAGAAAGGAAACGAGAAGACAGAAAAGCAGGUCGAAUCCUCAUGUUUCCCUGUCUUUAAACUGUUCUCGACGAAAAGAAUGGCAAUUCGGUCUUUGAUUAUUUUCCUUAAUUGGACGGUAUGCAGUAUGGUAUUUUACGGACUUAGCAUUAACGUUGGAAACAUCAGUGGAAACAUAUUCCUCAACUUCUUCUUCAUCAGUUUGGCCGAAUUACUUGGCUUCCUCAGCCUGCUUUUCGUCCUUAACAAAUUUGGUCGGAGGCCAGUCUACAUCACAUCUGUUGUUAGUGCCGGGGUGUUUUGUAUAUGCACAGUAUUUCCUGUGAUAUUCGGCACUCAAGAGACACAAUGGGUUGCUAUUUUGUUAGCAACGAUCGGAAAAGUUGGGGCCUCUGCAGCGUUUGCUACCGUCCUUUUGUUUUCUGCGGAGUUAUUUCCUACAGUCAUCCGGAAUUCCGCUAUGGGGGCUGCUUCAUUCUGUGCCAGAGUCGGCGGGAUGCUGUCGCCUUAUAUCGUAGAUCUCGUUGAAAGUGUAGAAGGAGAUGUCGGACGAGCCCUUCCAAUGGUCGUAUUCGGUCUAGGAGCAAUAAUAUCGGGCUUACUGGCAUUUUGCCUUCCAGAAACACUGCAUGAAAAUCUACCAGAGACUAUCGCAGACUCUAUGCCACAACCACGAAAAUCAAAACCAGAUAUCAAUGAUGUUGAUUUAAAGACGAACGAACCAUUGAUGAACGGCGACAAAUGUCAUGUAUGAAAGAUUUGGAGCGUAGGAGGAGAUCUGAAUGAUACAUAAACACAAAUGACAGAAUUCAUGAUGUGGUUGAUGAAAGAAAUUAAUCCAACAUAAAUAUUCCACAUUCCAAAUUCACAAGCUAGUCAAAAAUGUUAUCUUAUCCAGUAUACUUAUCCCUGUGUUACAGUUAUCUCCCUUAGCAAUACACAAGGUACACAUCUAAUAUCGACAUGCGUAUGUGAUAAGAAGCAAUAUAUAUACGUUACUAAAUAUAUCGUAAAAGGAAAAGGACGAUUUAUUUUUUGUUAUUUUGAGAACGAUUUUUUUCCAAUAUUCAAAAUGAGGUGUUCAUACAUUUAAACAUUCAUUGAGAUUUUGUAAAUCUUAUCCAACGAUAUUAGGGAUUUAGUAUGGUAUAAUGACUUUUGUAUCUCAAAGAUUCCCUGAACUACUAUAUGCAAAUUUUAACAAAAUAUGUGCAAGAUACGUGUUUCGCGUAACAGCGUAUCGUGUGAGUUCUGUUCAGUCUUGACAACUGUAACGCAGUUAUGGUAACCAUUGUGUCAUCUUGGUAUUUCGUCAUCUUACUAACUCGCAAUUACAUCGAAAUUGUUUUUAAGAUUUAAUAAGAAUAACACGUCCCUCCAUUUAUAUACUUUGAAAUUCAAUGACAUACUUACAGCUUAUUACAUGACUUUGUUAAUUAUAAAAUCACGACUACAUGUUAUCACGUAGCUUGAGCCUUACGUUUCUGCUUUGAACCAAUUAUUGUUACGUAAUAAUAAUCAUGCAAACAAACCGAAAUUAAGAAUAACAACAUUGUAAAGGCCCUUUAACUUUUCAGGAAAUUCAUGCAUCAGCGAAACUCGAUUUGCCUUAAUCGCUGAAAAUUAGCCAAAUUGCGUCAUCACACUGUUUUAUAUGACAAAUCACACCGAGAUUACAUAAUGUGUUGUAUUCAAAAACUACUGCUUGCAUUAAAUGCCAAUUGACGGACCGCCAAAAUAUUUGAUUACAAGGGGAUCGUAGAAAUCAAGCCAAAAUGUUAUCGCAUAAAAGCCACGGAUGGUGUAAUAAUGUGAAAUUUAUUCAUUUCAUAACCUUGGAAAACUGGACCACUGCCUGAGGCCAAUUAUGAAUGUGCGAAUCUAGGGACAUGUUUUGCUACAUGAAAACAUGUCAUUACUAGUCUAACUCAAGGCCACGCGACAUGUUUUAGAUAGAUGAGGAAUUGGGUUCAAGCUAUUCUUGAAAAGAGUUACUGGAGAAUAUUACAUUAAAGCUUAUGUGAGAUUUCAGUCCCAAUAACUUGCAAUUAUUCCCAAUAUGAGUAGUGAUAAUGUGUCAGAUGCAAACUAAUUAUGAAAGGUCAUUAAGGUCACACAAUGGAUGCAUAUUAGAUAUAAUGAAAUGACACUCCUGCGGAAAUUGACAUUGGCAACAGCUGAUUAGAUAAAACAAAAAUGCAACUGAAUAUUCGUAUCCCGCUAAUACUAAACUGUUAUCGAUAACCCGAAAAUCUGCUUCGUAAGAUUACAUACUAUUUUUAUGCUGAUAGCUAUGUUGUUUUCUUUUCCUUUUAAAUUAGCUUACAUAACUACCUGCCUGUCAUUUUAUACGGAAUAUAUUGGGGUUUUUUCCCCAUAUAUUUAAGACAUGAACUAUUAAAAACCACAUAUUCUUUACAUCUUGAUAAGGGUAUCAGUAUAGAUGCAGCUUUAUAUUUGAUACCAUAUAUUCAGAUUCUUUAUAUUUUUUUGCGUUCGAUUUGUUUUACGUUUGUAAGAUAUAAAGUACGAUAUCCAUAAUAUGUUCAGGAUAUUUUGGAUAUUGAAAAGACCUUGAAAACAACCCUCUUUUCUACUAACAGAUACUAUUAUUACUUGUUACACUACACGGAUUACUCAUAAAAUAACAUGUGGAUUUACUGGUGUACCUAUACUCUUAAUUGCAAAUGUCCUUCCAGUACUUUUCGAAUGUAGUUAAGCUAGUUUUGUUGAAUUCAGAUCCAAGUAAAACAGAAGUAGCAUAUAUAUCUUGACGCCCAUAACUGUAUGCAUAUUUUCCUUACUGUAAACUUGAACGUUUUAUAUAUUUAUAAUAGAUGGGAUAGAUUUGUAUUUAAAUCUCAUGUAUGAUGGGAGUUUCAGAUGAAUGCACCACUAUAACCAUUUGUACUGUAAUAAGACUAUGUUUCAUGUUUAUCUCACCUGUUGUUUGGAGAGCUAUAUAUCAGUUACCUGCUGUUUAUUUGUUAAACAUGAAUGGAGAUGGAGGAUACAUUGUAAUAUGUUAAUUGUAAAUGUCAUUAGGAAAUGUUGAAAGUGUCUUGAUAACAUGAGCAAAGAUCAUUACAAAUAUAAACACAAAAGUUAUGCCUGUAUUGGUUUGGCUUUUACCCAGACAAACUGAUAAAAAACCGUUUACUUGAGUUGUCGGCUAGUAACGCAGUAAAAUUCAAGGUAAUUACAAAUCACGAACUUUGUCUUUUAUUUUCAAAAAAAUUACGUACCUGGAAAUGUAUGAUUGCGAAGUCGACAAGGAUCGGCAACGUUCUGCAUCAUGUUUCCUGUCCCUCUUGUUCUAUAUUUGAAACUUAGAUAUGUGAUAUCGUUGUCAAGUCACCAUUAGCCUAUAUUAUCAUGCCUUUUUCUCUUUUUCUAAUUCAAAUAUACAUGACACCAUCAAGUGUGAUAUAUUAAAGAAUUGUUAACGUAUACACUAUCUUUUUUCAACAAUUAGUUUCAUUUAUAUUUUAAAUGGAAUUAUGACAUUCAUUUUUUGAUAUAACGUGUAUGAUUAAUGAUUUUAAUUUUAUAUAUUGUAUAUAUAAAUAUAUGAUAUACACAGUUUUACAAAGGUUGCUAAACAUGUAGAUGAUACCAGUACCCUUGAUAUAGAAGUUAAUAUAAUAACAUAUAUUUCUAACAUGUGUGUACGUAAGAUACUCAAAACUGAUGACUGCUAAUUAUUUGUAAUAUAUAACGGAUUUUUUAAACUGUCCAUAAUCUUGUAUUCAUAACGAAGAUGUUGCGAAAAGAUAAUUGCACAUUUAAGUUGUCUUGUUCACUGAUUGAUAUAUUUCCUAUGCCAUGUUUCCGACCGCCUUUGUCAAUGGAAAAGUCAGCUAAUUAUUUCAUGUUAGUUGUUUGGGACAUAACAUUACACCAUACGAAAUUCAGUUAGAAAAACAUGAAAACAUUGCAUAUAUGCGGAAUCGCUGAUAUUUAUCACCUUUUUAUGAUUUCUGUCAAUCUUCAGUCUGCUCUGAAGGACAUUUUAGCUGUAAAAGAAGUGUCUUGAUUUUUAAAAGUAUAAUGGUGGCUUUUUCAUUACGAUUGGGGUUCCAUUACCUUCAUAGACAUGACAAUAUUGCUGUCAACGUAUCUACUGAUACAUGAUCAAGUUUUUAUUUUGGUGUAACAUCGAAUUGGUAUACUGUAAUAUGAUUAAUUUGUGACGAAAAAUUCGAAAGAAAAUCCGUAAUGUGGCAGUGUAUAUGACGCCACUAUAUUUCAUAUCACUGUGAUAUGUACGGGUCGGAUCCAUUUUUGAAAUGUGAUAUCGCAUAACUAUAAUGAUAACGAGUGCUCUAUGCGUCAUUUUUGCUCUACACCUACAGGGUGUAUUUCUGAGAUUUGAUCAAGCAGAUUCUCGUUCAAUUAUAUGCAGGUAUUUUAAGAUCAAUUAGUUCAUUAACGGUUGCGACAAGAAACUGAUUCCUCAGCUAUUGCCGUUAGUGCUAGGCGUCUAUUCCACAAAAAAUAUCAGUUUUAAAUCAUAUUUCCAUGCUUGAUGCGUUUUGCAGAUCUUCAGCAUUUUUCAGGCAUAGUUAUAAAUAAUGUUUUAAUUUAGAAAAGAAAGAAUCGAAAGUUUAAUGUCAAAUGGAAAAAUUUUCCUGAGCAAUAAAUUCGUUUUUUCAGUAUUUUCAUUCUUUUGUUCUUCAUAUAAUUUUAUCACCUCAUGCAAGACUUCGAGGUUUCUUGAUCAGUUAUGAUAACGCAUUGUUUUAACCUUGCAUGCCAUCGCUUAAUUCUGAUGAAGAAUGGCAAGGAUUUUUAAGUGAAAUUAUCAGCACUUUUUUUACCUAAAUGAACGAAACACCUAUAUGUUUAAUAAGCUUUUCAGUAAAAAGUUGUCAAUUAUCAGCUAAUAUUCUUCCAAUUUCUUCUAUCAUGAAAUACAUAUGUACAACUUUAAAAUUUAGGAUAUUACGAUGUGUAGCGUGAAAGUGUGUGUAAAUGCU